AUGUCUUCUGCUGGAAUCGUUCUCAGCCCUCUCCCAGAAGAUCCACUCUCCCUCCUUGGCGUCGAUGGCUCUAGAUCUCCUCACUGUACAGCAGAAUACAUCUUUAUCUACCUCUCAUUCUCCUCGGGAUCGGCGCGGAUCCCGAUGAGGGUACUGGCUUCCGAAUCCAUAGCAUCCGUGAAACUAAGAAUACAGGGGUGCAAAGGGUUUGUUGUGAAGAAGCAGAAGCUGAUCUUUGAUGGGCGCGAACUGGCUCGGAACGAGUGCCUGAUCCGGGACUACGGCGUGGGCAACGGUAACAUUCUUCACCUUGCGCUCCGCCUGAGCGACUUGCGUACCAUCACUGUUAAAACAACAUUUGGGAGGGAAUACAAAUUCCAUGUGGAGCAGAACAAGAACAUCGGAUACAUCAAGCAGCAAAUUGCCAGCAAGAGAAACGGUUUUGCUCACCCGUCUGAGCAGAAGCUGAUAUGUAAUGGUGAGGAACUCGAUGAUCAGUGCCUGAUUGAAGAAAUCUCCAGUGACAAAGAUGCUGUGAUCCAUUUAGUUCUGUGCAAAUCGUCAAAAAUUAGGUCAAAACCAGUCGAAAAGGAUUUUGAACUGUCGAUUGAGACAUCAGAUAUUUGCGAGUCGAAGAGUUUCGAGGUUCCUCAAAUCUUUGAAAGGGAACAGCAGAGUAGAUAUUUAUUGCUCGAGCCAGUUAUUGUGAAUCCCAAAGUCGAAUUGCUGCCCGUUAUUCAUGACAUGAUUCGUGCGACAGUUGCUGGUUUGGAGAAGGGCAAUGUGCCUGUCCGGUCAUCGGAAGGCUCAGGAGGAGCCUAUUUCAUGCAUGGAAAAUCAGGUCAGAAAUAUGUUGCAGUUUUUAAGCCUAUUGAUGAGGAACCAAUGGCUGUGAAUAAUCCUCAGGGACUCCCCUUAUCAGUAGAUGGUGAAGGCUUAAAGAGAGGGACACGGGUUGGAGAGGGUGCGUUGAGGGAGGUUGCAGCCUACCUGCUGGACCAUCCCAUCGGUGGGCGCCGUUCAUCUUUGCACAGUGGCACAGGGUUUGCAGGUGUUCCUCCUACAGUGAUGGCCCGUUGCUUGCAUGAAGGUUUUAAUCAUCCUGAUGGGUUCACCAGUGCAGCUAAAAAUAUUAAAAUCGGAUCCUUGCAAAUGUUUAUGGAGAAUGUAGGCACUUGUGACGAUAUGGGUCCUCGAGCUUUUCCACUUGAAAAUGUUCAUAAAAUCUCUGUUCUGGAUAUCCGAUUGGCCAAUGCUGAUAGGCAUGGUGGGAACAUCCUAGUCUGCAAAGAGGGAGAAGAACACCGGAUUCGGCUGGUUCCUAUUGAUCAUGGAUAUUGCUUGCCGGAGAAUGUGAGUUUAUCUUUCAGUUUUUAUCUUCUUCCAAAUUUCUGCUUAAUUUCAUUAAUGUUGAAGUCAUGGUUGUGCGUGAUUUCAAUCCUUUACACGUCGUAGGCAAUGUAGGGUAAGAUUUUUUCUGACUUCUAUGGAUCCCAUGAUCUUCUAAUGUUGCCAUUGUCCAUAUUGAUAUCUCCUGUUAGCCAUUUAACUGCCUUCAACAUUGCUGAACCCUGGAAGGUAUAAUGUUAAGAUAGGGUGGACUUCUGUUAGCUAUUUUCUUAAGCCUGCGAAAUGGAAAUCAAGAAACAGUUGGAGGUCUCUCAUAACUUUAUGGGUGCGUUUUUCAGGGAGUAGGACAUUUGUCCAUGAUAAUUUUUUGCCUUUAGUCUAUGAAUGCCACACACAUCGAGGCAUCAGCCACGAAAUACUGUGGCUGAACCAAUGUCCCUAUUUGAAACUGCUUUCCCAAAGAGUCAUCUUUUAAUUUUUUCUAUCAGGUACCAACCCCAAUCAAGAAAGAAGGCUAAUUCAGGCUCCACUUGUUGGACCAUCUCAUAUCGAUGUCUGAGAAUUCAUUCCACCAGUAAUAAUGUUGUGCGUUUAUAAAGUUUAGAUUGUAAAGAGUGACAAUAAGAAUCAUCAAGUGUUGGAGCCAUUUAAUCGAACAGGUGAUAGAGAAUAAUGCUUCACGGCCUUUCUUUAAGUGAUUUCUUCUCAAACAUGCGAAAGAAAGGUUUCUGAUUUGUGUCACACAGAAUAAUGUCCCUGGGGAUGGGAAUCUAGUGAAUGUGCAUAAUUUUUGUCAGAUUCUACGGUAUUCGAAAAUAAUGCCCUCUAAUGGAAGACCAGGUCAAUACAGAAAUGCACAUUUUUUAUUUGAAAAGUCCCUGAAUUCUCACAUGACAACAUAUCUAAUUUGAAUAUAUCUGCACAGAUUUAUUUAUUUUCCUUCCCUUUUUGCACUACAAUGCAUGAAGUUGCGAGCCGCCAAUCUCUCAUUCCCUUUGCUCCUGCCCACAGUUUGAAGACUGCACAUUUGAAUGGCUGUACUGGCCCCAAGCCCGAGAACCAUUUAGCCCCGAGAUCAUCGAGUACAUAAGAUCACUUGACGCAGAGGAGGACAUAGCCCUGCUAAAAUUCCACGGCUGGGAGCUCUCCCUCGAAUGUGCCCGCACCCUGAGGAUAUCCACCAUGCUUCUGAAGAAGGGUGUUGAGAAGGGCCUGACUCCCUUCGCCAUCGGUAGCAUCAUGUGCAGAGAAACCCUCAAGAAGGAGUCAGUGAUCGAGGAGAUCGUCCGUGAAGCGAGUGAAGCCGUCAUCCCAGGGACCAGUGAGAGCGCAUUCCUGGAAUCCGUUUCUGAAGCAAUGGAUCGUCGCCUCGGUACGCUGCCUAUGUAG